AUGCACUUGAGCCUGUUGUUCGGCUUGUGCCUAAUCCACUGGCCGCUGGCCCGGCCCCUGCUCAGCUACAGGCCGUGCAACGAGUCCGUUGUGGCAAUAGCACUCUCGCAGAUCAUCCACGGCCUGCAGCCGCGACAGCUGGCCAUACUGGCCAUGCCCAGCUCCCGUUGGCUGAGCGUGGACUGUGCGAACAACGACACCAUCCAAGUGGAUGACUUCAUACAGCGAUUGCAUAAGCUCUACUACAAGUCCGUCAUCUUCUAUGACACCGAGCUGUUCUUCGACUACAUCGAGGCGAAUCUGCUGGGCGCCAUCGAGUGCGUCAAUUUGAUAUUCCACGAACCGGAUGAGCUAUCGGCACGCAUACAGGAACGCCGACUGGCCCACCGCCUCAGCCUGUACAUGUUCUACUGGGGCGCCAGCAAGCCGCCGAAUGCGACGCGCGUCAACUUUGAGCAGCCGAUGCGAGCUGUGGUCAUCACUCGGCCGCGUCCCAAUGCAUUUCGCAUCUAUUACAAUCAGGCCAUGCCCACGGCCAAGAGCCAGCUGCGCCUGGUCAACUGGUAUGAUGGCGAGAAUCUCGGCCUGCAGAAGACCCCACUACUGCCCAGCGCCGCCACAGUCUAUGCCAAUUUUCAAGGUCGCCUCUUCCAUGUGCCCGUCUUUCAUUCGCCGCCAUGGUUUUGGGUGAGCUACAACAACGACAGCAACAACAUUGGCAACGGCAACAGCAACGGCAAUGGCAACGGCACCGAGGAGGAGUACGAGAAUGGGGGCUAUAAGAAGGCGAAUGUGACGGGAGGUCGAGAUCAUCAAUUGCUGGUGCUCUUGCGCCAACAUAUGAACUUUACGUUCGAGUACAUUGAGGCGCCGGGCAGGACGCAGGGCGCGCUGCGUGGCACGGACGACAAUGGCGAGGCCAAUGACAGCUUCACCGGCGGCAUCGGCAUGCUUCAGAGUGGUCUGGCAGAUUUCUUUCUGGGUGACGUGGGCCUCAGCUGGGAGCGUCGCAAGGCGAUUGAGUUCUCAUUCUUUACGCUCGCCGAUUCGGGCGCCUUCGCCACGCACGCGCCGCGUCGCCUCAACGAGGCCCUGGCCAUAAUGCGUCCCUUCAAGCUCGACAUUUGGCCAUAUCUGAUUCUGACCAUUGUGUUCUCGGGCCCGAUAUUCUAUGGCAUCAUCAUCAUGCCCUACAAGUGGCGCAGGCAACGCAUCGCCAUGGACGUGGAGCGCCUGGGCGAACUGUGCAUCCACAUGGCCUACAUCAAUGAGAUAACGCCCUGUGUGCUGAAGGUCAGGCACAUGCGACCCGUCCGGCCGCAGACGUCGGCAGAGAUGCCGGCGCAGCUGUUUCAGCGCUGCAUUUGGUUCACGCUGCGCCUGUUCCUGAAGCAAUCUUGCCACGAGCUCUACCACGACUAUCGCACCAAGUUCCUGACCAUCGUCUACUGGGUGGCGGCCACCUAUGUGCUGGCUGAUGUCUACUCGGCCCAGCUGACCUCGCAGUUUGCACGCCCGGCUCACGAGGCGCCCAUCAACACGCUGCAGCGUCUGCAGGCAGCCAUGCUGCGGGACGGCUAUCGCUUGUACGUGGAGAAGGAGAGCAGUUCGCUAGAGAUGCUGGAGAACGGCACUGAGCUCUUUCGGCAACUGUAUGCCCAGAUGCGUCAACAGCAACCGUACGAUCCGCAGGGCUUCCUCAUCGACUCCGUGGAGGCGGGCAUCAAGCUGAUUGCCGAUGGCAGGGAGAACAAGGCGGUGCUCGGUGGCCGUGAGACGCUCUACUUCAACAUACAGCAAUACGGAGCCAAGAAGUUUCAGCUCAGCCAGAAGCUAUACACACGCUACUCCGCGGUGGCUGUGCAGAUUGGCUGUCCCUUCUUGGACAGCCUGAAUGAUGUUCUCAUGCAUCUGUUUGAGGGCGGCAUAUUGGAAAAGAUGACAAUGGGCGAGUACGAGGCGCAGGCUCGCCAAAUGACCAAGGAUCAGGCACAGCAGUCGAAGGAGCUGGCUGCCGUGGAGAACGCCAAUGCCAAUGCGAAUGCCAAUGUCAUGAGCAACGAGGUCAAGGACCAGCCGCAGCACAGCCAGGACAACGAAAUGAUUAGCGCCCUGAAUCUACGCAUGCUCCAGGGCGCAUUCAUUGCCCUCGCCGUGGGCUUUGUCACUGCAGCUCUGAUGCUCUUGCUGGAGCUCUUCUGGCGCCGCUUGAAUCUGGCGCUGUCGCUGCGACGCUGGCGUCUGCGCUGGCUGCGUCGCUGGCGUCGCGUCAAGCGGACGCUGCGACAGCUAACCGUGCGAAUAUUUGCGCCGAAUUUGGGUUGAUUACUUUAUCGCAUCGCCAUUUUAUGCAAAUCAUUAAGAAUGUGGUUUCGGCUGCCACUGCGUCACUAAAUUAUUGCCAGCCCAAACAGUGGUGCGAGG